AUGCAAUGGCUCGCAACUUCAGACCGCCCCAACUCCAACGCAGACUUGCAGAAGCGAGGAAUUGGUUGGCUCUGUGUAACGUUGUCACUUGAAUGCAAGGCCUGGAGUUACGCAAGGGAAGCCAUUUAUCAAGAAGGGGUGGUACACAUGGAUGCGCGCCGGGAAAAUAUGCUGCUCAACCCAGAAACUCGAGUGGUAAUGAUAAUUGACUUCGAGCGCUCGCGGCUUCUCUCGCCACCCCGACGCCAGCUGGCCGCCCUGCAACCUAACAAGCGACGGCGGACUCAAGAUACGAGCGGGAAGGUGAAGGCGGUAUCUCGUCCUCGCAGUGUUGAGAGCCAACUGGAGCCAGGUUUCUUGCAUGAUCUCGCAGGAGUGAAAGGAGCGUUCAUGUGA